AUCAUCUACUGGCACCAAGACAAAACAACCAUUAAAACUUUUGUACAACUCCUGCAGGUAAAACAUGCCUAAAAAUGAAUCAGAGAUCACUAUUGAAAUUGGAAACCUUCCUGGUAUUUCAGCCAGAAGUGAUGCCUUGAAGAGUUACACUGGUGAAGAUGGUGAAGUGGCUACUCCAGUCCCUGGUGGAAAACUGCAUAGAUGCAUUGCCGUGAGCUUUUGUCUGUUGUGUAUCCUACAAGCGGCUCUUAACAUUUCCCUGCGCCUUGCUCUCUCUUUCCAGCAGAAUUCCCUGACUGAAGAGAGAGAAGAGCUGAAGAGGCAGCUGAAUGAUUAUGCUUUCCAGCAGAAUUCCCUGACUGAAGAGAGAGAAGAGCUGAAGAGGCAGCUGAAUGAUUAUGCUUCACAGCAGAAUUCUUUGACUAGAGAGAGAGAUGAGUUGAAGAGGAAGCUGAAUGAUUUUGCUAACUAUGCUCAGCAAGGAUGGGUGUAUUUCAGUGAUAGUUUCUAUUACAUUUCUUCAAUCAAGAAAACCUGGCAAGGCAGUAGAGAUGACUGUCUGCAUAGAGGUGCAGACUUGAUAAUUAUCAACAGCAAAGAAGAACAGGUAUUCACAAGACAAUUUGAAAAGAUAAUGUGGAUUGGACUGACUGACAGAGAGACAGAGGCGAGAUGGGAAUGGGUGGAUAGGACUUUGCUGACAACAAGCUUCUGGUACCCUGGAGAACCUAACAAUUACAUUGGCAGAAAUGAAGACUGUGUAGAAACAUGGUACUAUAACGAUGAUAAUAGCUGGAAUGAUGUUGUAUGUGAAAAUCAAAACUUCUGGAUCUGCGAAAAGAAAAUGGCUCUAUAACUUAGUGUACACACCAACAUGACAGCUACUGUAUUCAGAAGACAUGAAGAUAUGGUAACAAUUUUCAGCUAAUCUGUAAAGAUAGAACUGAAACACAAGCAAAGUGUUUUGGUUGUAGAAAACAAUAAAACUACUGUACUGUAUUACCAUUACUUUGAAUCAUUUCCUAACAAAUGUAAUUGUCUAUUAGUUGUCAUGACAAAAAUGUGACAGACGUGUGAUUAGUCUCAGCAGGUUAAACCACCGGUUCUGCAGGAUCUAUUACAUUAUGUAUCUGUUUAACUAAACUCAAAGUUUAGUUGUUUUCUUAAAUCUUACAAUGCUUACUAUAUCCUUGCUAAUUUAUCUAACUUCUGCAUUCUGCAGAUGAUGAUUAAUCAAAUUCAUUGUACCAGUUCGUGGGUGACCCAUACCACACGACAACUAUUGUAGUUAGGGGUCACCAAGUAUUCUAGAGCAAAACUGCCAGCAAGUCACACACACAACAGCACAACAUCAUAACUGCUCAAAACAGACCCAUACAAUGCUGAACUAGAAGCAAAGACACUAUCAUAAAACAUAGUCUGCAUUAUCAUUUCUAAUUCCUAAUUCUUAUUAUUAUAAGUUUAAAGUAGCAACUUACUCUUUUUAGCAAAUAUCUCCUUUCCUCGGGCUCAUGUUGACUGUGAAUGAUAUAAUCUGCGUCCACUAAAGCAGUGGUCAUACACUGAAUUGGGAAUUGGGAAUUUUUGGGAAUUGCAGAGUUAAAACAAAUGCCAUUAUUAUUGUGAAAGACUUCAAAUGAAAUAAGAAACUCUUUAUCAUGGUUAAAAUGUAUCUCUACAAUAACUAAUCCCCAAUUUCACUGCUCAUGCCUAAACACCAGUGUUAGAUGACAAUUACAUAAAAUUUGAAAUGACAUUGUUAUAAUGAAAUGAUAGGGUGGGGUCUUAGCUAGCUAACAUCAGAUAGCUCAUUUUAAGUAAAAGAAAUGCAAAUUACGAAACUCUGAAGGUAGGAAAGAUAAAUGUAUUAAAGCAGCUAGAUAGUUAACUCCUGACAUUAACCAGCAAUUGCUCCAUUAGUGUGUGAUACACUGAACUGGAGCAACUACCACUGGGAGUGAUGCAGACUGACGUUCAACUAAUGUCAAUGUUAGGAAAUAGUAUGGUCCAUUUUGGGGUGUCUUAAAUAUAAGGCAUGAGUAUGGGAAAUAUAUUGUAAUAUUUACAAUUAUAGAUAAGAAAGACCCCCCUAAACUUUUGUUUUAGCCUCUUUUGGGGUGGUCCAAGCCUUAAUUAGAGUGGUCAGACCGAUGGCUCACAAAUUAUUUAGAACAUUACAGCCUAAAUUGUUGUCAUUAAUUGUAUUGCCAUCAUUUCAUUAAGUGCAGUGUUCAUCAUUUAAAGUAUUAUUUUAGAGUGUAAAAGUUGGGAUCACAGUGUCAAAACUCUAAAGCUCUUGUCACCAUUUAAAGAGUUAUUUUAUAGUGUAAAGUUAAGAUCACAACGUUGAAACUCUAUAGCUCUGAGUGUGUGUGGUCCUCUCUGUGUCUAACUGCCCGGAGGCAGUAACAGUAGCACAUGUGUGUGUUAGCAGGCACGUGUGCUCUGGGAGCAGAGUGAAUGAGCACAGCAUGACAUCAUAAAAACACCAGAAAAGUUAAAAUGUAGAAGCAGAAUUAGUGAAAAUUGGGUUACAAAAUAUACAUAAACAUAGUCCAUCACAGUAGGAAUGUCUUUAGCACACAGCACAAAAGACACCAGCUUAUUCCACAAAGUGAGGUUUUAAUCAUUUUAUUAUCCUUAAUUAGCAUUAAUCAUUAAUCAUUAGUAGUUAGUUUAUUAAUCAUUAUUAGCUUAUUAAUUAUACUUAGUUACCUCUUAAUCUUUGAACAUUUCCGAAAUGUGUCUUAUUUUCUACUUAAAAGUGCUGUGCUGUAAUCAUGAAUGCAGUAACAAAGUGAAGAUCCCUGAGUGGGAGCAUUGACCGUAGACACUUAGACUAUGCAUACCUUGGUCAACUGUUAUCUACUGUGGCUUUAUGACAGCAUGGGAGGCUGCAGGUGUCUGCUGUAACAAGUGCAUGCUUGGGUCUACUGAUAUCCACUGUUGUUAUAACAUGAUGAAUUGCCGAGGUGUCAUUCUGCUGAUAUUAAGACUACAUGUUUAAUUACCAUUGUUUUGGAAUAAACUCUUUUUGCACCAA